AUGUUGCGUGAAAUUCACCUGGUGGACGAAGAAGAGGCGUCGGAGUGUGUCUGUCUGGAUAUUCGGUGUGUGGGCGAUGACCACGUGCGGUCUAUACAUACCCCGAAGCGGUAUACAAUUGCCCAAGUAAAGCUGGCGCUGCCGCGGCUGUGGACAGAAGUGCUAGAUCCGCAAGGCGUGCGCCUCAUUCACCGCGGCCGCCUCCUCGAGGAUGACGUAUUGAUCGAGACGCUAGAGGCGGAAGCGUCCGGUAGAGUGCUGGCACAUGCUGCCAUCCGCCCGGGCGCGCUCAGCAAGAACGCCGCAGAGGAAGCGGCAGCGCCCGCCACAGAAACAGCGCCCGCCGUGGUUUCCGAACAUGCGGCACAUUUGGCGUCUGCUCCUGGCGAAUCUGCUCACGAUAGAACGCAUGUGCCCAUAUCCACACCCGUCGCGGCUUCUAGCCAUUUUUCCGCACCGCCGCGUGCGCCAGGCGAGCGCAACAGACUUGUCUCGUUUGUCGAGCAGCUGCACGAUGCAGAGCUCGAGCCGCUCGCGCAUACCUUGUAUAUUACAUUCCAGUGCUACACACACUACUACGAAAAGCAGCUCCGGCCAAAGCACGGAAAAACUGCGCCGCGCCUCGUGGCGCCAUUUUCUUUUGAUUGGGCCGGUGCGGAGCAAGGUAUGGCCGACCGAGUGCUGCGAACCGCAUCGGUCGACUUUGCAGAGAGAACUGUGAUGCAAUGGAUGCCAUUGCAGUUGGUAUGCAGGCGUUGGCAAGAGCAGCCCACGGCCCCAGCCCGUGGCGUAUUCCACUACGACCCGGUCGAGAUCGAUGGGCUUUCUUACGUGCGGCGCACGUAUCACGAACCUGCGCCACAAUCCACCGCCGACAUCAGCCGCAUCAUUGAAGAACGCAUGGUGUUUCUUAACGAUGUCAUGCUUGCAUUGGCGCGCCUGCACGAUGUGAAUCAAUGGAAACAAGUGGCAAGCGAUGCACUUGUAUAUGCACAGUCGCGCCACGCCGUGUUGCCAUGGCGCUCGCUUACAGCAGAGCUGGUGGAGAUCUUACGCGACCUUUGGGGCAUUUGGGACACGCUCUUUUGGCUCAGCCUGCGUGUUGCAUUUGUCGCCGUGCUUCUCGUCGCAGAAGCACCGAAACUGCACGCGCAGGUUGUAGUCGCUGGCCUGUGUCUCUUUACGCUUGUCCAAUGUUUUGUUCUUGUGCGGCAGCGCAGGCGUGAGCGGUCGACUUCACAGGCUCCUGCCACCGCAUCUCCACCGCUGCCGACGAACGCCGACGAGGAGGUAGAGGCAGACGAGGCAGUAGCGAUGUUGCAAGUGCCGAUCCUUCCUCCGCACAUUCCCCGAGCGUCACCGUACACGUUCCAGUACUGGCUCGAGCUUAUAGCACGCUACAACCUUGCAGAUGAGGAGCGCGCGAUGGGCUUUGAGCACGAUACGGCGCGCGGCGAAACCCCCCGAAUCCGAUGGGUGCGUCGCGAUUGGACCCAAGUGCGUGAGCCAGGACAAUGCCCUUCGUCACCACUCUUGCAUGCGUAUGUCGCCAUGCCGCUUUUCUUGGCGAUCUUGACGUUGUACCCACAAGCAGAGGAGCUGCGGUCCGAUGCGCUCAGUCUGCGCCGCGAUGCGAUUCUUGGCCUUGCGAAAAAUUGGGAGCGUCUGCGCGAGUCUGGCAAGCCGAUCGGCAGUAUGCCACGGGUCCUGGAACACCCCUAUGCCAAAACACUCGUGCAACAAGAGGCGCAGCGCCAACGGCGACGGCAGCACGAAGCGUAG